AUGCUUGUCCGACAAUCAGCCCAAAGAUUGGCUCCCACCUCCCGCCUCGGGCUCGGGCUAGCCACCCGUGUGCCAACCAAGCGCUUCCUCUCUUCAACGCCGUUUCUGCGCAACGCCGAAAAGCCUAGUGCCUAUCGGGAAUCGAUGUCAAAAUAUAAGACCUUCAUGGGCCCCUUCGGCAAGGUCUUCCUUGGGGCAGUGCUCACAUACCAGAUUAUCUACUGGAGCUGGCUGAAGCUGGAGAUGGAUGAGUCGAAGCUGGAAAAGAACGAAGAAAUGGCUGGGCUGGAGAAGAAGGCUCGCGAGCUGGCGGCCGCACAGAAAUAA